UGACCGACCGAUUUGGCCCAUUCUUCUCCUUAUUGCUCCUUCUUCACCACUGUCGCUACCGCUCGCAACCAGGUCAUCACAACCCAUGGCACCGUCUAUUGCCUCGACAUGGCGCUCCUUUUGGCAUGAGUUGACCUCCAAUGAUCGUCAUGCCGGUCCAGAGGCGGCCUAUCGUGGCCAUCAACAUCAACCACUGCCACGUUCACGGAGCACACCACUCACUUCUUCUGCUGCUACUGGCGUCUUCGACUCUCGCACCGAUCUCGAUCAUGACCUCGAGGCCGGCAAUGGAGGCUUCGUCACUCACAGCGGGAGCGGCACUACCACACCCACCUAUCGCACGAGCAUGCAACGACAGCACUCCGGCGGAGACAAACUCGAAAGCCUCACAACCGGCGAGAUCCAAAUGCAGAGCUUCAGCGAUGGUCUUCCGCCGCCACCACCCGUGAGCCACUCGUGGAAGAGAAUCGAUCGGUGGAUGGAGGACAAUUACGAGGAGCUCUUCGAAAACAUAGGCCCGGGCGCCACAAUCAACGACGUGAACGAGCUCGAACACGAGCUUGAUUGUACAUUGCCACAGGAUGUUCGCGAAUCAUUACAAUUACAUGACGGCCAGGAACGUGGUGGUAUGCCCACGGGUGUGAUCUUUGGCUGCAUGUUGCUGGAUUGUGAGGAGAUCACUCAGGAAUGGCAAAAUUGGCGGACAGUCAAUGAAGCCUACUUCAGCAACGAGUCACGACCAUUUCCCGCUCCACAGCCACCGCUCAAGGCAUUCGCCGGCUCUUCAUCAUCUGCCGCUGCUGCUCCUCAGCCUCCCGCAGGCAACUCAUCUCAAUGGCGCGCCGAACUGCUCGACAAGCAAGACUCUCAGCCGCCCAAUGCCAUUCACAAAGCAUACGCGCAUCCCGCCUGGAUCCCAUUGGCUCGUGACUGGGGAGGAAACAACAUCGCUGUCGACCUCGCUCCUGGUCCAGCUGGCAAAUGGGGCCAGAUCAUCCUCAUGGGCCGAGAUUACGACUGCAAGUAUGUUGUAGCACGUUCAUGGGCUGCCUUCCUAGCGACUUUGGCCGACGACCUAUCGACGGAUAAGUGGUGGAUCGAAGAGGAUUCGAAAGAGCUGAAAUUGCGAGAAUUCAAGCAGCCGGGCGUCGAGCCGGCUUAUAUUGACAUUCUGCGCUGGAGAACGGAUCAGAAAUACGGACGUCGUGCUCCUCGCCGCCGCCCGCUUCGCGUCAACAGCAAUGUCACGUCACCUACUUCUGUCGGCGGAGCCGCGAAUGGCUUCUCACCAUACGCCUCGCCUGUGGACAAUGACCGUGGUCGCUCUCCUCAUCGCUACUCGACUGGCUCGAACAACGGCAAAGCUCCUGCGACGUCAAGUCCGCGCGCUCACAUUGGAAGCCCACUUGCACGCGUGACGGAAGAAUCAUCUGCGACAACACCUUCACGCUCUGAUGACAGCCACAAGCUGGUUGGAGGUCUGGACAGCCCUCGAGGCUCGAUCUCAUCAGCUUCUGGCAUCAACUCCAAUGCUCUAGCUCGAGCGUCGGAAAAGUUGAUCUCACUGAACAGCGAGCAUCACAACAACAUCAAGCUUCUUCUUUACCAUUCUUGCAGUCGGAGAUUUCGGGAAAUGGUUGUGGUCAAGGUUUUCUACUUUUGGCGUUUUCACGGUCGAUUGUUUAUGCUCGAAUCCCAUGUCUGCACCGACUUCAUUUGAGUGGCGUUGUCUUUCAACCCUUUCUUCCAAUUGUCGUUUGACCUUGAAAUCCUCGUUUGUCACGCCAAUUUAUAUACUCGGCGACUAUCCCUAAUUCUUACGACAGGGCAUUGAUAAUGAAAAAUCCAGCGACAGC